UCCAACCGGAUGCAAAAUGGUUUGAUGUGAUACGAGAAAUGUUUGAAUCUGGAGCAUUUAGUGCAAUAUGCGUCGCCUUGUAUCGUGAGUUUAGGAGUGGUAGCGAAUUCCGGAUGCAAGCAAAGCUGUAUUUAUGGAAACACAAAAGUGCAUAUUAAUUAUUGUUUGUAAAUUGUGAGUUGUUUGCAGAGUUAACACACAACGUCGUUGCAGCGGUUGUUUGUCAUCAUCGUUUUUACAUGAAGAGGAGGCUUUGCAUCGUUGCGAUGGUGAUGUAUUGUACGGUCGAUUAAUAAAAACAUGAAUCGAAUCGAGGCGCUGUGUAGGAUCAAUCGGUAUUUCCAAAAAAUGAAAAAUGUGAUGAAAUGCACAGUUUUUUUUAACAAAUAUCUACGACAGCUGCGUUCCAAGCCGUGUUUCCGAGUGGUUGUUCUGUGUUUUGUGGGGAAAUUAACAUGUAGUCAAAAGUCUUCCAACAGUUGAUUCGAUAUGUGCAGUGCACCAGCUUGAGAGAAGAUUGGGAGCAAUUAUAAGUGUGUUCCUAUCUCUGUGUCACAGCAAAAGUGUAUUAUGAUGCGUGGAUGUGUGUGUAUGGUAGGUUUCAGAGGUACGCACCACUGUGUUGGGUCAAAUAGGCGAAGAUGGCAGUAAACGGGUAGAGAGACCUUUUUACGGGUCGUCGAUAAUUAAUUGCCCUGCAUCAAUUUAGUUUAUCGUGGUGUGUGAUGGUGCUGAGAAGAUAGUGAAGAGAGCAUAAGCGGCCACGGCGAAUUGUUCGUGUUCGAUCCGGCCGGCGAAUCGAGUAAUCGUGAUGAUGGGUAAACGCGUUGGCUGUACAAAACAAAAAAAGGAAAAGAAAAACGAAAAUGGUUGCGCCUAUGUGAGCACGUGUGGAAGAGCCUGCUAGGAUACCGAGAAACGUCUGAUUAUAGCAAAAUAUAAGAAAAAAAAGUGUGAUAGUUGGAGCGAGAGCAAACGCGGAAUUUAACUCGAGCAAGAAAGAGACGCCUGAGGUCGACAAAUUUCCCGCUCUUUUCCAGCACUUUUUAUCACGAUGAACGCGAGUGGAAAGUGAAAUCGGUUGAUAAUUGAAUUUGGCAUCAUCGUCUCGGCAAGAGAAUUUGAUUCCCUUUUUAUCCGGCUACGCUAUGUGCGCGCGUGUGUGUAUGAUCGUGUGCUCGCGUGGUUUGCUCCUUUUGCGUAUAAAUUGUCGGUGCCGUUGAGUUUGAUCGCGUCUCAGACGAGUAAAGAGAAGGAAGAGAAAAUAAGAGGAGCGAUGAAUGUGUGAAGCGGGGAAUACGACACAAAUUCGAUUAGUCGGUGUGGUCGGUUUCCGAAUGCGUGUGCGGAAGGAGCUGUGGAAGCUAGAUGGAAGGGUGGUGUGUGUGCAGUGAACCUAACCACCAGUUCUGCAUUUAACGUAUUCCAAUAGUGUGUGGCUAGAAGAAGUGAAAAAGUUUGUAGUGUUCGUUGUUGGGAAGUUGGAUGUUAAAGUUUGAAGCUGAUCCAACACCCCGCUAGUAUCAUCGAGUGUGGUGCUCAGUAAAAUCGUUUAAACUGCAAUAGUACAGGAAAUUCUUAACGCAACAAUCACGCUGCCACCGGAGAUGUAUCCGAAUUCAGGCAUUAAUGCGGCAGCGGUCGCGGCCCGUCACCCGGGUCCACCGCAAUCCGCACAGCCAUUCAAAUUCACCAUAACUGAAAACUGUGAUAGGAUAAAAGAAGAGUUUAAUUUUCUUCAAGCACAGUACCAUAAUCUCAAAAUGGAAUGUGAGAAACUGGCACAAGAUAAAACGGAAAUGCAACGACAUUAUGUGAUGUAUUAUGAAAUGUCAUAUGGUCUCAACGUUGAAAUGCACAAGCAGACAGAAAUAUCGAAAAGGCUAAACGCAAUAAUUACGCAGAUCGUACCGUUUCUGUCUCAAGAACAUCAGCAGCAGGUGUUAACAGCUGUUGAACGAGCGAAGCAAAUCACAAUGUCGGAACUAAAUAGCGUAAUUGGGCAACAACAACGGCCCGAUUUACCUCGAUUACUACAACAGAUGCAUGCGCAACAAAUUCCGGGUGCCCAUGGUGCACCUCCAAUACCGGUCGGUAUGCCUCACCCUAGUCUUGGUCCGGGUGCCCUAGGAGGACCGUUAGCUCUCGGUAGCACACCUCCUCAACACCCACUAGCAAUUUUAAACAAACAGGAAUUGCACAGACCAGAGGAAUCCAAAAGUAGCAAUAGCAAUAUUAUGCCUUUGGAUGAUAGACAUCGAAGUUCAAUUUCUCCCUCGGAUCGCGAUAAGUAUCGUCCAAGAACGCCAGAAUCAACACAUGAACUGAAGAAGGUCAAGAAAGAAGAAAAGGACAUGGGACAUUCUGAUGGUGAAAAAUCCGAUCAAGAUUUAGUGGUGGAUGACGCAUCGGAGAUAAAUCCUAUGAGUCCAAUGCCCAACCAACAUCAUAAUGGUACAGCAUCUCCUCGUGAAAAUGGUAUGAUGCAAAAGAAAUUGGACGUACAGGAUAGAGAUCGCAUUGGAACGCAUUCACCUCGAUCAGGCACGUCAUCCAAUGCAUCGACUCCUUCGAAUAAGAAACUGGACGAUAAACCUACCACGCCAAUAGCAAAACCAGCUACUCCUACCAACUCUGUUGCAAGCAAUGGUGUACCAAAGGUGGUAAAUAAACCGCCCGUUUUGAAUCCCGGAUAUCCCCCGUACCUUGCUGGGCCAUUGAAUGGUGCCCCACACGAUUUACAAGCAGCAGCUGCUGCUGCAGCAUACGGUGGCCCCGGUGUGCACAAUAAUCUGCCACAUUCGUUGAAUAACUAUGCCCGUGCGCCGUUGGCAUUCGAUCCGCAUCCGCAGAUGCGCGCUCCUCUCGGCCCGAUUGGUAUUCCUGGUGGAAAACCAGCUUAUUCAUUUCAUGUAAAUGCUGAAGGACAAAUGCAACCAGUGCCAUUUCCCCAGGAUGCCCUAGUUGGUCCUGGUAUUCCUCGUCACGCUCGUCAAAUUAGCUCCCUGAAUCAUGGUGAAGUAGUGUGCGCUGUAACGAUCUCCAAUCCGACAAAGUAUGUGUACACCGGUGGCAAAGGUUGCGUAAAGGCUUGGGAUAUUUCACAACCCGGAAAUAAAAGUCCCGUGUCGCAGUUGGAUUGUUUGCAACGUGACAAUUACAUUCGUUCGGUGAAACUUUUGCCGGAUGGACGAACGCUGAUUGUUGGGGGAGAAGCAUCGAAUCUAUCAAUUUGGGAUCUGGCAAGUCCGACGCCACGAAUAAAAGCCGAAUUGACAUCAAACGCUCCUGCCUGUUAUGCGCUUGCCAUUUCACCCGAUUCUAAAGUGUGUUUUUCAUGUUGCUCAGAUGGUAAUAUUGCCGUUUGGGAUCUUCAAAAUCAGACACUAGUACGCCAAUUCCAAGGACACACUGAUGGAGCAUCAUGCAUUGAUAUUAGUGCCGAUGGUUCAAAGCUUUGGACGGGCGGAUUGGACAAUACCGUUCGUUCGUGGGACUUACGAGAAGGAAGGCAGCUACAACAACACGAUUUUAGUUCGCAAAUCUUCUCUCUUGGGUACUGUCCAACCGGUGAAUGGCUCGCAGUUGGAAUGGAAAACUCAAAUGUGGAAGUGUUGCACGCUACCAAGCCGGAUAAGUAUCAGCUACAUUUACAUGAGAGCUGUGUACUGAGUUUGAAAUUUGCCGCAUGUGGCAAGUGGUUCGUUUCGACUGGUAAAGAUAACUUACUAAACGCGUGGAGGACGCCUUAUGGAGCCUCAAUUUUCCAGUCGAAGGAAUCUUCCUCGGUGCUAAGCUGUGAUAUAUCCGCCGACGACAAAUAUAUAGUUACGGGCUCGGGAGAUAAAAAAGCUACAGUUUACGAAGUAAUUUACUAAAGCUGGGGGAUAGUAGUGUAGUAUUAGGAAGAUCGAUAAAACGAAGAAAUGAAGAAAUGCACAGAACAAGAAUGACGAAAAAGAAAGGUUAACGAAAAUCUACAAUAGAAAUGAAACAAAUGGAAUAUACAUGAAAUAGAAAGAAAGAGAGGAAUAGAGCUUGAGAAAAAAAAGAAAA